CCGCUAGGGUCUCCACUGUCACUCCAGCCGACUCAAAAUAACUGCGGACGGUGGACUGCGAGUUGAGCGGAGUGUUUAUGUUGUAUAUGAAUAAGUAAUGAUUGUGUAUAAGAGCAGUUGUGUGAGCGUAUUCACAGUGGAAGUUCACUUUGUUGAUAAGCUGCAAUUAAUUAAAAAUUGAGAUAUAUCGAUAGAUCACUGUGAUCUAUGAUUUGAAAAAAAAUGACCAAUGUAGCGGCAAAUGGGCAGGACGCCCGCAAGUUGGUGCAUCAUGACGCAUUGGCCAAGGACUACUCCAACAGUUUUGCAAACAAAACCGGUAUCAACGUAAUUGUGAGACCGGACGAUGAAAUUUACAAAUUAACGAGGAAAGUUUAUGAAAAGCGAGCGGGACACGGUUCCGAUUGUUGCAACCUCAUGAAGCGAAUAGUGAUAUUAUUGUCCUUCGGCAGCGUCAUGAUUUUCCUCAGUUUCACGCUCCUGUCUAUGAUUUUGAAUUCAUUCUACACUACCAUGAGCAACUACAAUAUAGAGGUGCAAGUUGGAAUUGACGUGAAGAACGAUACUAUCACAGAGACGAGAUAUCAGCACAUAUCAUUGGACACUCUUGAUGUCCACAUCGAGGAAGAGGACUACGAUUACGAGAUAGUGCCUUUAAAUAACGAUGAAUCAUCUAGUGAGCAUCCUGCUUCUAAUGAUACCGAACAAUGCAGCAAUAUUCCCAAAAUAUUGCGCUUCGAUUGUCAUCCAGAGGAUGGGGCAUCAGAGCUCUCUUGCACAGACAGGGGAUGUUGUUGGAAUCCCCUUGAUAAAGGAGUCGACACUGCAAAACGAGUGCCAUUGAAUGUUCCGUAUUGCUAUUAUCCCAAAAACUGGAGUCUCUAUAAAUAUAUAAACUGCACUCAGGAUGGCAAUAAUUUCGAAGCUUUUCUCAAACAAGAGAGGAAAUCUGUGUACAAGAAUAAUGUGCCUCUUGUGAAGGUCGAAGCUACAGGCAUAGACAAUUCCAUUCUGCGUGUAAAGAUAUACGAUCCCUUGAAUGCGCGAUACGAACCACCGUGGCCGAUCAGAUCGGAUCCAAGACCGUUUUUCUCCCGAAUUAGUGACUCGAAGUAUCAAUUUAAUAACGAUGAUGCAAAUUUUGGCUUCAAAGUUGAUAGAGUCAGUGAUAACACAACGUUAUUUAACUCUAUUAAAACUGGAGGUUUUAUAUUUGCCGACCAGUUUUUGCAAAUAAGUUCAUCGCUACCAACGAAUAACAUUUACGGAAUUGGCGAGCACAGAUCGAAUCUGAAAUUAAAUACAAAUUGGCAGUCAUUUACUCUGUUUAACAAGGAUCAGCCACCGACAGAAAAUGCAAAUUUAUACGGAUCUCAUCCGUUUUACAUUGUUGUCGAAGAUUCUGGGAAAGCUCAUGGAGUAUUGUUUCUCAACAGUAAUGCCAUGGAUAUAAUAUUGCAGCCUACACCAGCCAUAACAUUCAGGACGAUCGGCGGCAUUUUCGAUAUCUACUUCUUUUUGGGGCCGACUCCAGCGGACGUCGUGAAACAAUAUUCCGAAAUCGUCGGCAAGCCCUUCAUGCCACCCUAUUGGUCCCUCGGUUUCCACUUAUGCAGGUUUGGAUAUGGCAGCCUGGAAAAUACCAAAGCAGUGUGGAACAGAACGAGAGCAGCUGGAAUUCCAUUUGACACUCAGUGGAACGAUUUGGACUAUAUGGAUAAGAACAACGAUUUUACCUACAAUAAAGAGAAAUUCAGAGAUUUGCCCAAGUUUGUGGACGAAAUUCACGCGGCAGGGAUGCACUAUAUUCCCCUGAUCGAUGCCGGUAUAUCCGCUUCUGAGGAUAGCGGCUCUUAUUUACCGUACGACGAAGGGAUCAAACGGGAUAUAUUCGUGAAGGAUGGCGCAUCGGACGGACCUUUCGUCGGCAAGGUCUGGAAUCUCGUUUCCACGGUGUGGCCGGAUUUCACGAAUCCAAAGACGAUGGAGUACUACGAGAGUAUGAUGAGCGAUAUGCACGACAGUUUUGCGUACGACGGCGCGUGGAUCGACAUGAACGAGCCAUCCAACUUUUACAACGGUCACAAGAACGGCUGCACGCAUAACAGAUUCGAUUAUCCCGAACAUCUGCCUAACGUUGUUGGCGACUUGCUCGCUACUAAAACUCUGUGCAUGAACGCGAAACAUUACCUAGGCUCGCAUUAUGAUCUCCACAAUACUUACGGGACGAGCCAAGCGAUCACCACCAAUUACGCCCUCAGGAAAAUUAGGCAGAAGAGACCAUUUAUAAUAUCACGCUCGACGUGGGUAGGACACGGCCAUUACGCGGGCCAUUGGACGGGAGACGUUUACUCUUCAUGGCACGAUUUAAGAAUGAGCAUUCCGGCCAUCUUGUCCCUGAAUUUUUAUCAAAUCCCAAUGGUGGGCGCUGAUAUUUGCGGCUUCGAUGGGAACACGACCGCCGCGUUGUGCAACCGCUGGAUGCAGCUUGGCGCCUUCUAUCCGUUCUCCCGAAAUCACAAUUCCGACACUACGAUCGAGCAAGAUCCAGUCGCUAUGGGUGAAACGGUUGUGCGGUCGUCAAGAAAUGCGCUCGGCAUACGUUAUCGCUUCCUGCCCUACUUGUACACGUUGUUCUUCAGGGCGCACAAGUUUGGCGAGACAGUGGCGCGCCCGCUGUUUUUCGAGUUCACCGAAGACCGACGGACUUACGAUAUCGACACGCAAUUCCUUUGGGGCAGUGCGCUCAUGAUCAGUCCAGUGUUGGAAGAAGACAAACUCAACCUAGGCCUUUACUUACCGCGUGGCCUGUGGUACGACUAUUAUACCCAGUUGUCUGUCUUUUCCAUUGGGAAAUAUUAUAUGCUAGCUGCGCCGAUCGACAGGAUACCAUUAAUGAUUCGCGGAGGCUCGAUACUUCCAGCACAGCGGCCAGGUGCGACCACGACGGAGAGUAGAGAGAAUAAGUUUGAAUUAUUGGUGGCGCUAAACGAGGCUGGAAACGCCAAGGGAGAACUGUAUUGGGACGAUGGUGACGGUAUAGAUUCGAUAAAAAAGAAAGAGUAUCAGUGGAUAUCUUUCACCGCAACCAAUUCCACGCUACUAAAUUCGGCAGUAGACAAUGGCUCUUUUAAUGAGAGGAUGAUUCUCGGAAGAGUUCAGAUUCUGGGAUUAACGGAUCUGAUCUCCAAGAUGUAUCUGAAUGAUGAAGAAAUCACAUUUAGUCAAAACUCUGUGAGCUUGAACGUCACUGGAUUACAACUUGAUAUAAAAGAGUCGUUCCGGUUUUAUUGGAGGUAUUAUUGAGGUUUCAAAUAAGCAAUGACAAAUGAUAACGUUAAUUAAAUGGGAGUUUCCAGUCGUAAUAUAUAAAUCUCGUAACUGCGAAUAAUUAAUGUGAUAUAUGCAGUGAUAUGCGUUUAGCAUAAAGAUCUGUUUAAUACGUACAGUAUAUAUAAGCGAUAUGUUUUUGAAGCGAUAUAUUUUUUGUAAAUAUUGCACUUUGGUGACAUAUAUUUUUCUUCACUUGAAUUAAAUAAAAGUGAGAGAAUAUUGUGCUGCUUGAAAAAGUGUAAGACAGUGCGUAAAAAAGUAUGAAAGUGUAAUAUAAUAUUAAUUUCCAUUUAUAGAAAUUAAUGACGAGACGAGUGAGUAAAGAAACAUUUUUAUUCAAAUCAAAUGUUUGUCGUACAAUAUAUUAUACAAAUAUGAUAAACAUUGUGUUUAUGGCACUAGAAUAAAAUAAUAAAUAGCGUUUUGACUUUACUGAUAUUGAACGUACGGGCAUGGCAAGGAAAUGAUAAUGGAAAUAAUUCGUGAUUUCGCGGGAAAAAAAUAUACAAGAAUAAUAAGACUGACGAAAAUGCAAGCGACGCGGUCAUUUCUCGGGAAGGAACGCUAUUUAUCCGCUUUGGCACCGUAACUUAAAAUCCUCGAAGAACGCAGACUUUGUUUGCAGGGGGAAGUUUUGGGAAGUCGCGCUUCUCAUCAGCCAUUCGAAACGGUUCACCUUUGACCUCGAUCUAUAUUCAAAAUGCACUGCGACCCUCAUUUGCAUCCGCGCAUGCUGAAGCGUAGAUCUUGAUCUCCCGAAUAAAUUUGAAAACGAUAAGUCACUGCAUGCGUCGCGCACGCUCAUGUUAAAACAUUAAGGUCGCACGCAUGAAUACGCGCAGCAACUCGCACGGGCUUUUCACUUUAUACGUUACACGCAUAACGCAAAAUACAUCUUGACAUCUGUCUAAUAAUAGAAAUGAAACUAUACUAAAAUGUAAUAACGGUACGUAUAUGAUAUAUUUGGCAAUGAAAGUAACAAAGUCUUUGGAUUCGUUAACGCGUCUCGAUCGUUCGUCGCGC